CCUUUUCUGGGCCCUGGUCUUGGGUGAGUGGAUCGUGAGAUUACUUUGGCACUAAUUAACUGACUGUUUACCCUCAGACCAGUCCUCGGCGUCUUUCUCGUUGACAGGAAAGAUUGGCGGUGGACGCAAUAUACACUCGUCUUCUUCUCCGUUUGGUGCGCGAUAUGUAUGUUAUUCUCGGGCGAGUCAUACCACUCUCUGGUCAAGCGAAGAAGGAUGAAGGAACUUGGGCUAGAAGUCCUUGAGAAGCCACCCCUCUCGGUCACGUUGCACAAGUUCGCGACGGUUGAUUUGUUUCGCCCUAUCCAUAUGAUGUUCACAGAGCCCAUUGUUGCCUUCGUUUGCUUAUAUGUUGCUUGCAUAUUUGGGACACUCUUCAUGUUCUUCGGCACCUUCUUUUUCAUCUUUGGGAGCACCUAUCACUACUCCCUUAUACAAUCUGGUCUCGUCUUCUUAGCUAUCGCGUUUGGAUGCCUGAUUGGAACUAUGAUGAUAGGGGUUUGUGACGCACUGUUAUAUCGCCCCAAAGCUCGAAGAUUCCCACUGCACCAGAUCCCGGCUGAAUAUCGCCUAUACCCCGCAAUGAUUGGAAGUAUAAUGCUUCCUAUCAGUCUGUUUUGGUUCGGUUGGACUGCACAACCUGGAAUCAACCCUGCUGUACCAAUCACCGCCAUUGUUCUUUUUGGCGCAGGCAACAUCGGCUUGUUCAUCAGCAGUAUGCAGUAUCUAGGUGAUGCCUACCACGCCAGCAACAUCGCUAGCGCAUCGAGCGCCAACAGCUUGGCAAGAUACACUUUCGCAGCUGCGUUCCCUUUCUUCUGUAUUCAGAUGUACACGGCAAUGGGAACUGGCUGGGCUACAAGUUUGCUUGGUUUCGUAUCACUGGUACUCUUGCCAGUGCCAUGGAUAUUAUUCAGAUACGGCAAGGAAAUAAGGAAGAAGAGCAAAUAUGAAACUGCGAGCUAUUAGUGAGGCAUGAGGUUGCGAUCAUUCGUCUAGGGAUCUGCAUUGAAAAGUAUUGGAUCAACGGCUGCCGAACAUGCAACUUUCUGCAUAAAGUACAUUUCUUGGCCAACUAUCGCUGUGCCCAUUAUGUGUCAUUCACGAGCAAGUACCACAGUUGUUGUGGCACGUAUGUAUAAAUAUGGCAAAUGGAGAGACAAAGGCUUGGCACGAAUUCGACAUAGUGAUUAUCUUCAAUGUGUAGAAAAGCAAUAGAGGUAACUGCCGAACUAUUUAUGAUUAAUAGUUUUCUAUGUAGGGGCAUAAUAUGACUUUGUGAUA